GGAGAGGACUCCUAACAACGUCUACUGUACAAGGCAACAUACAUAGAGUUUAAUCUUAAAUUGGGCUAUUAUCGAAAUACAAAGUCAAAUCGGAAACCACACAGACUAUAAUUAGCCAUGCAAAGUUUUAUUUCCAACAACACCCAACACAAUACAACAUCCCCGACUGAAAACUGGACUUCAGUGUACUCAAUAGUGCGAUGGAUUCAACUGGUCAUGGCAAUUCUGAGCAUGCUGGGUGCCGGCUCUAUAAUUCUGUACACAUUUUUCCAAAAUCUGAUGAGAAAACCUGAGGUGAAGCCCUUGGUCCUGCUGAGUGUGACCGACCUACUGCUGGCCCUGAGCUGGCUCACCGGGGCCUUUCUCUUCAGCCAGGGCUGUGAGAGCAGUGCCACCUGCUACAACCUCCACACGGUGGAACAGAUGUUGUACAUGGCAUCAUUCUUCUACACUCUAAACUACGUGGGUGCCCUGUAUACUGGCCUAAAGGAAAAGUAUCACAGGCGAAUAAAUGGCUUUCCUGCACAGAGUGCAGCCAGUACAAGCUCAUUCGGCAUCAUGACUGCUAUUGUUUCAUGCGUGCUGCCUGUCCUGCUAACAGCUCCAGUGUUCGUCACUGGCAACAUGAAGCGCUGUUACACAAACCAUACCAAACCCUACAGGUGUCUGCUGAUGCACACCGACGCGCUCUACCUGAGCUCUGGGCUGGAGGGGGAGGACGUGGCGGCUGCCUGCAAGUUCACCCGCAUCUACAGCACUGCCAUGUUCCUCGCUACGUUCUUCUUCACACUGCUGGGCAUCGUGGUGCUGAUGGCCAAAGCUCGUUCCCUGUACAGGCGCUUUGUAACUUGUCACGGUUUCCUUGGUGACCAGCAGUGGGCCACUCUGCGUGUCCUAAAGGGCCGCAUGGUCCUCUACCCCUCUGCAUUCUUCUGCUGCUGGGGCCCAGCAACAUUCUUGGCCACCAUGAUGCUUAUUAAGCCAGACGCUGUAGAAGGUGGCGUGGGAGUCUUCCUCUACAUCGUACAGGCCUGCACCUCCGCCUCUCAGGGCCUGCUGAACUGUCUGGUGUAUGGCUGGACACAGAAGCACUUCCGCUCCCUGGGCACUACGACCAGGCGGGACGCGGAUACCCAGACUCCCCUCUUGCGCUCACAGAAGAGGAGAGAUUACUCUGCCCUGUGCAGUGUGGACCGCUUCCAGGGCGUGUGAGACCACUGACAACACGUCCGUGUGACUGAAAGGAAAGGUACUCCCAGCCAGUGGUCUGUCAUUCUGACACAACAGCAGUACCAAUGCUGUUGUCUAACUCCGGUGUAGACAGCCAUUCCACAUGUGGAGAAAAUAGGACCGUUUAAAGCUAUGUGAAGCUAUGUGCUGUUGAGUAAAAGGUGCCGUUCGUGUCUCUGGGGGCACAACUGGGUCCCUGUGGUGAUGUUGCACAGCCGAAGAUAGAGGCAGCUGCUGAGAGCUCGUUUUCACUCACAGCUGUCUCAAGCAGUUUAAACUGCCCGACUGCCAUAGCGAAACUUCAGCAAUUAUAAGUUCAGAGAGAAGGACCAGUCAGAGUGUAAAAAGGGGGAAAACCACAGACAGCCACAGACAAACACACACACACACACACACACACACUAAGGGAAAUUCUGUCUUAAAUGAACUGAGAAAGGGUAAAUCUCUCAGCUGCUGCUGAACGUUAAUGUUGCACUCAGUGUUAGUCUUAAAUGUGUAUUAAUGUAAAUUGCACAUACUUCAUGCAGUUGUACAUACUUACAUGGUGUAAGUUGAAAUGUUGUCAAUUUUGUAUGGUGUUAUAUGAACUAAUUGUUCAUGUUGCUUUGUUUAUUUGUUAAUGUUUUUUAGAAACACAUUUUGCACAAAGAAAUUGGCAUUCUAUGAUGUAAAUACAGAGCAUUGAAUUCAUUGUGUUAAUGUAUUUGAAAUGUGUGUAUGUUUUUGUUAGUUUGUACUCC